AUGCUCUCCACUUCCCUCAGAGUCUCCGGCCGCAGGGUCGCCGCGCGCGACACCACCCUGCGCACCGUCAUCGUCGGCGCCAGACAUGCCUCGGCUUGGUCCAAUGUGCCUCAGGGUCCUCCGGACGCCAUUCUGGGUAUCACCGAGGCCUUCAAGGCCGACUCCUUCAAGGAGAAGAUCAACCUCGGUGUUGGCGCCUACCGUGAUGACAAGGGCAAGCCCUACGUCCUCCCCUCCGUCCGCGCCGCCGAGGACAAGGUUGUCGCCUCCCGUUUCGACAAGGAAUACGCCGGCAUCACCGGUAUCCCAGCCUUCACCAAGGCUGCCGCCGAGCUUGCCUAUGGCAAGGACUCGUCCGUCCUGAAGGAGGACCGUCUCGUCAUCACUCAGUCCAUCUCCGGUACCGGUGCCCUGAGAAUCGGCGGUGCCUUCCUCCAGCGCUUCUACCCCCACGCGAAGAAGGUCUACCUCCCCACCCCUAGCUGGGCCAACCACGCCGCCGUCUUCAAGGACUCUGGCCUCGAGGUCGACAAGUACCGUUACUACAACAAGGACACCAUCGGUCUGGACUUUGAGGGUCUCCUCGCCGACAUCAAGGCCGCCCCCAACAACAGCAUCAUCCUGCUCCACGCCUGCGCCCACAACCCCACUGGUGUCGACCCGACCCAGGACCAGUGGCGCAAGAUCAGCGAUGUCAUGAAGGAGAAGGGCCACUUUGCCUUCUUCGACAUGGCUUACCAGGGCUUCGCCAGCGGUAACGCCGACCGCGAUGCCUUUGCCCCUCGUCACUUCAUUGAGCAGGGCCACAACAUUGCCCUGUGCCAGAGUUUCGCCAAGAACAUGGGUCUCUAUGGUGAGCGUGUGGGUGCCUUCUCUCUGGUCUGCGAAUCCACCGAGGAGAAGAAGCGCGUGGAGUCCCAGAUCAAGAUCCUCAUCCGUCCCUUCUACUCGAACCCUCCCGUUCACGGUGCUCGCAUCGCCUCCACCAUCAUGAACGACCCCGAGCUGAACCAGCAGUGGCUCGGUGAGGUCAAGGGUAUGGCCGACCGGAUCAUCGAGAUGCGCGCUCUCCUGAAGAAGAACCUCGAGGACCUGGGUAGCAAGCACGACUGGUCCCACAUCACCAACCAGAUUGGUAUGUUCGCCUACACUGGUCUCAAGCCUGAGCAGAUGGAUGCUCUGGCCAAGGAGCACUCCGUCUACGCCACCAAGGACGGCCGUAUCUCCGUCGCGGGUAUCACCACCGGCAACGUCAAGAGACUGGCCGAGUCCAUCUUCAAGGUCACUGGUUAA